CGGUCAACGGCAGUCGGACGAGAAACGUAGCAAUUCCGUCGUGUGCCAUCGAUCGAGGCCGGUGUCGACGGGAAGAAACGAAAAGGAAAGGUUCGCGACGAGCCGCCGGAUAAUUCAAUUUAGCGGCUCGUUAUCGCGACUGAACCUCUGCCCGUUCGCCGUUGGAUCGUCUAUCUCUCGCGACGACGUUUCGACCGGUCCACCAGACUGACACGUGUCCCGGCGAAAUGGAAUAAUCGCUUUGACGCGCGGCUACGCGACGCGUGACUCGAUCGUCGAACAUCGGUCAACGUGCGUAAAACACACCUGUGCCGUUGAUAGGCGAGCCGAGGAGCUCCUAUCAUCGACCGGAUUCCUCGGGGAAUUGCUUCGAGCCGAAAUUCCACCGUACGAACGGCUGAUGCUUCGUUAUGUAAACCCGAUAAGAUAAUGCGUCGGAGCGCAGUUGAGUUUUCGUGAGUCAAUAGUAACCGGACGGUCAACAGCGUGUAUCUCUUCCCGUCUUUGUUCCUUCUAUCCUCCGUUGCCAAUGAUUUAACGGGGAAAUCAUUCUUCGCGACGGUAUUAUGCGUCACUCUGGUUUAUCAAGCUCAGAUUCGCAUGGAUGAACGAUAGGGCAAGGUUUAAAGCCGAAUACGACGAUGCUGUGUACAGUUUCGCGUGGACGUUGCACGUAAGACACGAGAAGCGAAAAAAUAAUAAUUACCACGGAAAUAUAGUAAUUCUAAACUCAUUCGACUGCGAUACCUUUUCUCUUUGAAUGAUGUCACGUGAUUCGUUAUUGCAGGAAUAUUCUAAUUAAUUCUACUCGCGUCACUGAUUUCAUUGGAAUAUGAAAUAAAUUAAUUAAUACAACGAUGUCAUCGGAAUUAAUACAACUGUUCCGAAGUGAAAUGCCACCGGUAUAUGAAUACUUUCUUCUCUUACUGUGAUUUUAUAUAAUCUAGCUUAGACGCUUAUCUGUCGCGAUAAUAAUUAUUCGGUAAGACUGUACCGAACAGCGCUCAGUCCACGUGUCUCUGUAUUCUUGUAAUUUAUUAAAACAUCUUUUCACCGUUAACGAGAGCGUCAAGGAAAAACGGAUCACUAUUAUAAAAAACGGACGAAUGUAUUUUUGUCGAUUUUAUUUGAUAUGAUCGUUUCGCAUGUCGCUCGCUUUAUUUUGACAAAUAAUUUAGGUUAAGGUGUUACACUGGACACGCAUUUUCACCUGUCAAGCAACGCUAACAGUUGAUUAGCGAUGGAGGAGGAAGAAGAUAAGAAAUGUCAGGACGAGGAGCCCAGUGAAUUUUAUUUUGAAUCGGACCAUCUAGCAUUGAAGGGGAACAAGGAUUACACUACUCUUUUGAAAACGAUUGUUAUACUGGAAGCUCAACGUGUCCAGGCUAUAGAAGAUCUGGAUAAAUUGCUGUCCAUUCGUUCUAAAGCACUGAAAGAUCCGAUAUCGUUCGUCGCACAGAUACAAAAUGGUGAGCUCCCAGAAUUACCGGGACCGCAAAAAAUUGCGGAAAUCCCUUAUAUUGACUGGUCGCAAUAUAACAUAGCUGUACCUGAUAUGCGUAUGAGGCCACAGACUAGACAUGGACAUGUUAUACCUCAUAUGCAGACGAAAACGGAACAAGAGAAUGGGAAGAUUCUAGUACGAGGUCGUGCUUUCGAUGAAAGUAAACCGGAAACAUUCAAUCAAUUAUGGACAGUGGAGGAACAGAAGAGAUUAGAAGAAUUAUUGAUUGAAUAUCCACCGGAAGAAGUGGAAAUGAGACGCUGGACGAAAAUAGCUAAUGCUUUAGGUAAUAGAACACCGAAACAAGUUUCUAGUAGAGUUCAGAAAUAUUUUAUUAAACUCUUGAGAGCUGGGUUGCCUAUUCCUGGCCGAGGUCCUAAAAUGAAGUUGGAUGCAAAGAAAGGAAUGGGUCAUAGGCAUCAACGUAAUAAUUAUUCUUUAUUCAGGAGAUCUACAUUUUUUCCACAUCAAGAUAUGUCCUUUACAAUUCCGGAUGAGAAUAAAGAACAACCAAUUACAGAAGAAUCUGAAGAUGAUGCCGGAAAUAGUAUUAUUGAAGAUAAUCCAGAACUAAGGCACAUAGAAUUGUUAAGACAAGUGAAAGCUGAGAAGGAAGAAAGUUCUUCUGCAACAUAUAAACAUGUUGGGUACAAGUGUGCACUGUGUGAAGAAGAACCCUUAACAGGCAUAAGGUGGCAUUGUGCAGAAUGUCCAGAUGGAAUAGAUUUAUGCGGUGAUUGUGCAGUAGCACAAUUAGAAGCUGAAAAACCAUUACAUGACCCAUUGCAUAGAUUGAUUUCUAUAAAACCACCACUGUAUAGUAGAAGUUAUGAUCUAGAUUAUUUUCCACAAAGUUUUAGUAACUCCUCUUAUAAUUACUUAGACCCAAAUUUUUUACCCGAAUAACUAUUAUUUUACGAGGUUUCUAACUUUUGUACUAUCUUAAUUAAAAAUUGUGCGAUUUAUAAUACCAUGAUAAAUUGAUAAUACUUUAUUAGUGCGGAUAUUACGCAUGUAUAGUAUUUACUUCUUUCACAUCUAUUUUAUCCGUUCCAUUUGACUCUGUGAUCCUAGUGUUUUCAAAUUUUAAUCCAAUCUUUUGUUUAUACUGGUCGAAAGUACCAUUUUUUAUGUUUUCUCGAAUAGCUUUGAAGAAUUCAAGGUAUUGAUGAAUAUUGUGUCUAAAAACAGAAGUAUAUUUAGGUAUGUAUAAAUAUACUAUAAAUAAAAAAAUUAAAAUAUAAUGCAUAUUUAGCAGGACUCACAUCAUUAACAAUAUCUCAAAAAGCAUUUCUCUCGUGUUUUGUAAAUGAUGUAUAUAUGCUCUAGUGUGAUUUUUGCAUGUAAGACAUUCACAAUGAGAGCAUAUUGGAGAAAAAUCUUCUAUAUACCUGCGAAAAAAUAAUAAUUACUACAAAAAUAUAAUAAUUAUAAACUCAUUCAACUACAAUACCUUUUCUCUUUGAAUAAUAUCACAUAUG